AUGACUGGGAAGAAAUCAGCUCAUGAGACUCAACUUGUGGAGAUGCCUAUUGUGAUUGGUACAUGGCCCAAGGCGGCUCUUCCCAUUGACGACGAUGAUGAUUAUGAUUUACAAGAGGGACCUAUGUUGAGUGAUGAAGAAAGUGAUGAAGAAGAUGAUCAAAGGAAUCGGUCUUAUCAAUGCCACCACCUCCUCAACCCACUCAAUCACGAUCAUCAACAUUUGCAACACCACAACAAGCUCAUAGACGUACACCAUCCAUUUCGUUGCAAUCGACCCCUUCAGCAUCUACCAUCACUCACUUUGCAAAACACUCAUAUCGGUAAUAGUAAUGGUGUAGUACGAUCGGACUCCAAUGCAUCUCGGUCAUCCAAUCGGUCACGAGGAUCUGUGGCGUCGUGGCGCUCGAGUCAAUCUUGGGAUAGGUCGCCAACCUUGUCACGCAACACAUCGGCAUGUACUAAUAUCACCAAUCCUGAGACAUCCAUGUACAAUGGCCGUAAUCUUGUUGUAUCAGCGGGAAGUCAAACCUAUAUCAAUCGCACCCCAUCAACCCCAGAAUUCGGCUCCGCUAUUAAUACCAUGGCAACCGCACCACCUCCACCACAACCCUAUUAUUACGAUUCAUCAUCGUAUAUGCAACAACAACAACAACACCAUGCUUAUCAAUAUCAGCAGCAGCAACGAUAUGAUUAUGCUGGUAUUAGUAAUCCAUCGGUACCAACACAUGUCCUACAGCCCUUGUCCACCACCAACAACACUCCCUUCCACUACUACCAACAAGAUGCCGCACAGAAAUUACAGCCACUGACUUAUGACUCGGAGCCGGGCUUCGACUUUUCACCUCCACGACCCACCACCCACUCUUCAUAUCAACCAUCCACUCUUUCAAGCGAUGAUUCAGAUGAUUCAGACGACGAGGGUGAUUUGCUUCGUAUCAUUGAGAAAAAGAAGAAGCAAGCUGAACGUGAACGACGCGCCAACAUGUACAAAUACUAG